GGGCGGGGAGUGAAGAGGAGCGCACACGCGUAUAUGUUAAACUCCGCCCAGCUCACGUCAAACCGGGGACGCACAAACGAGUGCACCCUGUCUUCUCGUUGACAUACUGUUCGUGUCCAUCGUCAACAAAGAACCGCGAGUGAUUGCUAAUGCUAGUGAUUCACCCACGAAGUACGCAACGCUCUUCAUAGUCCGAGAAGAUAUGGAAGCUGGUCUCAGUCAGGAAAAGGUUGCCACCUUUGUAAAGCGCCUGCAGGCCGAGCCCCGCUACCUGUUAGCCCAGAAUGUGUCAACCUGCAUCGACCCGCUUGAAGUUUGCCUCCACCGGCAGACUGUCCAGGAUACGGUACACAUCUUUCAGCAUGCUAUCCCCACAGAGGGCAAGCCUGUCACUAACCAAAAAAGCUCAGGAAGAUGUUGGAUCUUUUCAUGUCUCAAUGUCAUGCGACUUCCCUUCAUGAAGAAGUUCAACAUAGAGGAGUUUGAGUUUAGUCAGUCCUAUCUCUUUUUCUGGGACAAGAUUGAGCGAUGUUACUUCUUCCUCUAUGCCUUUGUGGAGACAGCACAAAGGAAGGAGCCAAUGGACGGUCGCCUGGUCCAGUUCCUUCUCUCCAAUCCAGCCAAUGAUGGAGGACAGUGGGAUAUGUUGGUCAAUCUUAUUGAAAAGUAUGGUGUCAUGCCAAAGAAAUGCUUCCCGGAAGCGCACAGCUCUGAGGCCUCCCGUAGAAUGAAUGGCAUUCUCAAUCACAAGCUGAGAGAAUACUGCUUCAAACUGAGGAAUAUGGUGGGGAGUGACGCAACUCAGGCAGAACUGUCUGACGCCAUCGACACCAUGAUAGAGGAGGUGUUCCGGGUGGCUAGCGUUUGUCUUGGCAGCCCGCCUGAGACCUUCUCUUGGGAGUACAGGGACAAGGAUAAAAACUUCCAUCGUGUGGGACCAAUCACCCCCCAGGAGUUUUACAGGGUGCACGUCAAACCCCUGUACAACAUGCAGGACAAAAUUUGCCUUGUGAAUGACCCUCGACCACAAAACCCUUAUGGGAAACUGUACAGUGUGGAGUACCUGGGUAACAUGGUUGAAGGUCGCCAGACGCUCUACAAUAAUCAACCGAUCCAGCUUCUAAAAAAAGCUGCAGCAGACUCCAUUAAGGAGGGAGAAGCUGUGUGGUUCGGCUGUGACGUUGACAAACAUUUCCACUGCAAGCUGGGCAUUAACGACAUGAAUGUCUUCAACCAUGAGCUGGUGUUUGGAGUUUCAGUGAAGAACCUCACUAAGGCAGAGCGCCUUGUGUGUGGAGACUCUCUCAUGACCCACGCCAUGAUCCUCACUGCUGUCACGGACCAGGAUGUAAAAGAGGGCUAUGAAAAGUGGAGAGUGGAAAAUUCUUGGGGUGAUGACCGCGGGAACAAAGGUUACCUCAUCAUGACAGAUGAAUGGUUCUCCGAGUAUGUGUACGAGGUAGUGGUAGACAAGAAGUUCCUCUCUCCUGAUGUGCUGGAGGUAAUGAGUCAAGAGCCCGUUUUACUUCCUGCCUGGGACCCGAUGGGCUCGCUGGCCAAGUAUGGACACCCAUGUUUUUAACCUCAACCUCUCCACCCUCUUGCUCCUCUGCUUUUACCUCAGAUGUAUUGCAUAUAAAAAGUCUACACACCCCUGUUGAAAUGCCAGGUUUUGUCUUUAAAAAAAGAAAAAAGCUUAGACCAAGAUAAAGCAUUUUAACCUUUCCUGUUAUUGUGACCUAUAAUCUGUAAAACUUUUGAAAAAACUGUUUUAAAAAAAAAAAAAAAAAAAAGACACAAAGUCUCUAUCAGAUAAUGUAGUCGUCUGAACACCCUCUUACACAGUAAGUGGGGAUGUAGCUGUGUUCAGAAUUAACCAAUCACGCUCGGACAUUUAGCGGCUCUGGUUAAUCCCAAUCCCAAAAUGCCUCUGAUUAAUCCCAAUUAAAAUUCCUCAGUUUUAGAAAGCAUUCGUUUCUUUUUUUCUUUCUAACAGAAGCCUGAAGGUUUUAUGAUACUCCUGACUUUAUUUCGGAUUUGAAGCAGUGAAUAAUUCCCUCCACUUUGCCUAAAGCCUCACUUAAUAAAUCCCUCCACCCUGACGAAAACCACAAUUCCAAUUGAAGAAAAACUGCCCCAAAACGAUGAUGCGUUAUGUUCUUUUGGUAAGGAGUCUUGCUUGUCAAACAACUUUUGUUUUGGAUGUGAUUGUUUUUAACCACCCUACCCCAUAACUCAGAUAUAUGAAGACGAUGGGAGAUUAUUUCAUCUACUAAAUUGCCAGUACAUGCUAGAGAUUUCUGCAGGUGCGCUGCCCUCCCUGACAACUUUUAUUUGCUUCCUUUCAUGAAUUUUGAUGGGGGACGUCUUUAUCUCGGUAAUGUCACCUGUGCCAUAUUUUCUGCACUUGACAUGCAUUUAUUACUUUGAAAUUUAUUUUGAACCAUUUCUGUGUCCUACCUUUCAAGAAUGAGAUCCCUUUCUUACUUUGGAAUUGCUCUGUGGUAUGAAAAAUUAUUUUAGAACAUCUGAACUCACCUUGGGUUAAUCAGAGGCACUUCAAUGGGAAUUAAAAAUUGUCUGAGUCCCAUUUAACAUGGGUUUGAGAUAUUUAAAAUAUUCCCAUUUAUUAGGUUGUACACAGUAUUUCAGUUGUUCAAUUUCACUGUCCCUAUAAAAUAUUUGAGUAUUAUUUUUUUGAUUUUUUUUAAGAGUGAAAUUUGUUUUAAAUGAUUCAUCUUGGUCUCAUGUAAAAUAUAUAUAUAUUUUUUGGGUUUUAUUUUAUUUUCCCACAAAAACCCGGGGCCUUAUUUAUGAAGCGAGCGUAUGAAUAUUCCCACGCAAAGUAUGUGAUUUAUCAAGUUGAACGUCUGUGGGGACAUGGGUAAAUGUCUCCAACCAUAUCGCUUACCACGUGUACAAACAAAAUUGUGUGGUGGAACAAUGAAACUGUAAAAAGCCACUUACAGGGUCACCAAAGCCCCCAAAUUCAAAUCACAUCCAAAUCUGCAGUAUAGCGGGACCGUGAAGGAAAAAACCUAAAAAACAAAUAUAGCAGAAGAUGAUUCUAUCUGUAUUCCGUUAAGAUAAAUUGUAGUGACUCAUUGUUUCCAUGAUGUGCGUCCCAGGACUCAUCGUCUCAAGUGUAAAAUGAUCUAUGCAUGUAAUUAUCUUGUCCUCCUCCAGUUAAUUAAAGAUAAUUCUAGACUAUGGGCCUAAUGUUUUUUUUUGUCACUAGUUUGAUGUCCAACCAUUUUUCUUGUUUUUAACAUUUUUAAUAAAGUGAUUGCUGCUGCCAUAUUGCAAACGAGACUAGACUUGUGCAAGCAUGACAGUUUAGAACAGGCGUGUUGUAUCAAGACACGAGUUAGUGUAGAAAGUGUCCGUACAUUGGGUAGAGAUGUUUUUGUACUUGCAUUGUAAAUUUCAGUCCUACAAGGCACUUUAGAACAUUUUCUAUGCAAGCUUGAUAAAUGAAGCCCCUGACAUUUCAACGGGGGGGGUGUGUAGAGUUUUUGUACCCACUGUAUAUCCUUCACAUUUGAAAACAUGCCAGUGUUUUAGACUUUAAAAAAAAUAAAUAUUUCAGUUUUUAACAGGC